UUAGUGCGCAAUAAUUCAUUUGUUGGCACAACUGUGAGCUGUGAAGGCUGCGUGUUUGGAAAUUGCCGUUAAAUCAAUUCAAUUUUUGCUCGUUAAAUCCUCACUUAAGGAUGAGGAUAACGUGUUGAAUUAAACGGUUUUCCGAAAAAACUGGAUCUUAGCUAAUAAAGGUCCGCUAAAGACAACUAUGUGCAACAUAGUGCUGUUGGGCAACGAGCUACUAACUCAAUUAACUUUUUUACCCUCAGUAGAGCAGAGAUCUGAAUUAUCAUGAGUUCAUACAAACUCCUGCUUUAUUUAUGAGCACAGUCAACCGAAAGAAAUCGAGAGAUUAAAUGGAAAACAGGAAAUUCGAGCUCUAAAUUGGCCUGGGCCAAAAGGACAUGAACAGCAGCCCUGCAGCGGGGAAAAGCCAGUGAAAAAGUGAAAAAGUGCAGCAAGGCACACACACACACACAAAGGGUAUGCAUAUAUGGGCAGAUAUCCAGUUGAGUGUCCUGUCUGGCAGUUAGAGACACUUAAGCCUGCGGUGAGCGCCUGUCGUUCGUCCUUUGUGCCACUUAUUGAGAGCAAUAGACAGCGAGAGAAUGAACGAGAGACCCAGCUGGAAAAGGAGGUGCAGGGCAUAAAUCUUUUACCACUUUAUUUGACACACUUUCAGGCCGGAAAGCGGACGGAUUGUCGGACGGACAUGUGGCCGGAGAGACAGAUAGACAGACAGCCCAAGGGCCAGAACGGAACGUCACAUGCUCAUCAAUCGGUCGCUCACAUUUGCAGCAAUACAGAGUGAUGUCCAUGUACCUUAGAGAGCUUUACAUUUUUGCACAACAUUCGAAUAAUUUAUGCGAAGAACAACAGCAACAACAAAAACCACACCAAAAACUGAAUGGGCAACAAUCGUGUCAAGUUCAACAAAAGCUUCACCCGCAGUCGAAUCCAAUCGCUUUGGUUUUAACUUUGUUGUAGUCUUACAAGUUUUUACACAUAAAUUUCACGGCACGCACAACAACAGCGAAAACCAGUUAAUGCGUUUGUCCAAAAAAAUAUUGGAUGCCAGAGGGAGGGGUCUUGCACCCACGCCAACUUCGGAAGAGUCGAGAAAAAGAGACUGCAAACCUAAAGAGCCAAAGAAAAGAGUUGAACUAACUUGAAAGAGAUGUAAAUAAGGGCUAAACUAUAAUAUUAAAUAUUACUAUUAAACUAAUUCAACCAUCGUAAUGAAAUCAGCUUACUAACUCUGCACUUGGCUAGAACAUUUAUUACUAUUAAUGCCAUCAUAUCUUCUCAAUAUAUCAAAAAGGAUUUUACUACAAUUUGUCAUAUGCACAGUUAUUCCAGAGGAACUGAUUGAUAACCUUAAUCUAAAUCCAUAAGCGAUUCGGUUCAAUUAAACAGAGUGCAUCAUUAAAGCUUCUUGAUGGCGGAUAAAACGGAGCAAUAAAUUAUAGUAAUUUUGGGGUCAAAUUCAAGCCACCCCCUAAGAAAAACCAAAUUUCAAUUUGGCCAAAACAAACAUAGCGAAAAAGUGCCAAGCGAAAAAGUCGCACUAAUUCGCUAAUGAGCGGCUCAUCCAUAAUUUAACGAAAUAAAAAUGUUCAAAAAUAUUACAAAAGCUGAAAAAAUAACUCGAGCAACUAACUGCAGACCAGUUGCUAGUCGGCGAUCCCAAAAACUUAAUGAAAAGCCCUCGACAAAAGUUUCGAGGAGCGUUGCGCAUGCGCUCUUUCAUUUUGAACUCUCUGCGAUCGGUUGAGGUUGGCCUAGGGCUUUUUGGCCAAAAAACUACAAGCCGAAAGCCAUAAGUCACAGCGUUGUCAUCGCAGCUUGGCCUGAACUCUGCCAGUCGUCAGCGGUUGUCUCGAGCGGUUGGAUCUCCGGUUUGAAAAACAUCGUAAGAGCGCUACUACAGUGGACUGCCACGAAAAUAUCAAUAAAAUCGCACCUCAGUACCAACACUCCAUAACAAAAGUGCGGUGGAAAUUGUUGUGCUAUUCCGCUGAUUCAUUUCGCUUUGUGGCGGAAGUUUUCCCCCCAUUUUUCACCGUUCGCGUGCGGCCAUUAAUUUGAAUGCGCGGCUGAUUUUAAUCGCAACCAAAAGCCGCCCACCAUUUUCCGGCCAAGUUCGCUUACGUUACGUUAACCAAGAAUCAAAUAAAUAUGUGCCACCAUUAACCGCGAUUGUCAUUUGGCCGGCGAUUCUUCGAUGGGGAAGACGAGAAAAAAGACGAUUCCUUUGGCGCGUGUGAAGUUGUGACUCGACCCAAUUAGGCAAAAAACAAGCGCAAAUAAUAAUUAACAAAAAUAUUUUAAUUAUACCAGCUGAUGGCGGAAAAAAGCUUUCACUGCAACACAGCAGCCAAACCCGUUUUCGUACUUAAAAACCCGCACAUAUACGCAUACGCUUAUAGUUGUUUCCCUCACUAUAAGGGACAUAAUACGAUAUAGUAAAGCAGCCGCGUCGCAUCGCAUUCGGCAACUUGUUUAUUUCAAAAUUAUAUAUAACAAACACCAAAAAAAAAAAGCCCCAAAACGGGUAUCUUAUAAAUAGUGCGCUUUGUUUCGGCACCACAACAACACCAGAUCGACACCCCAACAACUCCGGCUCUCACUUGACGUAGGUCAGGCCAAAGCUCCGCUGGAUCAGAAAAAAAACCAAAAACUACAAACCAAAAACAAAAAAGCCGAAACCCGAAAAAGAUUCCAUACCUGUUGCCGGCGUUUCGAUCGAAGGCUCAGAGAGGGGAACCCGAUAAAUGGGUCUCGCCCCAUCAUCGUCGUAGACCCCAAUCCAUCCGAUCGUAUCUGUGAAAAUGAUCCACUGGUCUCUGAUUGUCAGUGCCCUGGGCGUCUGCGUGGCCGUCUUGGGCGGCUACUGCGGCUGGAUUCUCUUCCCCAACAUGGUACACAAAAAGGUCGAGCAGAGCGUUGUUAUACAAGAUGGCUCGGAACAAUUCAAACGUUUUGUUAACCUACCUCAGCCAUUGAACUUCAAAGUCUACAUAUUCAAUGUGACCAAUUCGGAUAGGAUUCAACAAGGUGCCAUACCAAUAGUCGAGGAAAUAGGACCCUAUGUAUACAAACAAUUCCGCCAGAAGAAAGUGAAGCACUUUUCGAGAGAUGGCUCGAAAAUUUCCUAUGUGCAAAAUGUGCACUUCGAUUUCGAUGCUGUUGCCUCGGCCCCAUAUACCCAAGAUGAUCGAAUUGUGGCACUCAAUAUGCACAUGAAUGCAUUUUUACAAGUAUUCGAAAGGGAAAUCACAGAUAUCUUUCAGGGAUUUGCCAAUAGGCUUAACUCUCGAUUGAAUCAAACGCCAGGCGUACGAGUCCUGAAACGAUUGAUGGAACGUAUUCGAGGGAAACGUAAAUCUGUGCUGCAAAUCUCUGAGAACGAUCCUGGCCUGGCUUUACUGCUGGUCCACCUGAAUGCCAAUCUGAAGGCGGUCUUCAACGAUCCAAGAUCGAUGUUUGUGAGCACUUCUGUAAGGGAAUAUCUUUUCGAUGGAGUACGAUUCUGCAUUAAUCCGCAAGGAAUCGCCAAGGCAAUUUGUAACCAGAUCAAGGAAAGUGGAUCGAAAACUAUCAGGGAGAAGAGCGAUGGCAGCUUGGCAUUCUCAUUCUUCGGUCAUAAAAAUGGUUCCGGACACGAAGUCUACGAGGUGCAUACUGGAAAAGGUGAUCCUAUGAGGGUAUUGGAGAUACAAAAACUGGAUGAUUCGCACAACCUGCAGGUGUGGCUGAAUGCCAGUUCAGAGGGCGAAACUUCGGUCUGUAAUCAAAUCAAUGGAACUGAUGCCUCCGCCUAUCCGCCAUUUCGCCAACGAGGGGAUUCCAUGUACAUCUUCAGCGCGGAUAUUUGCAGAUCAGUGCAGUUGUUCUACCAAACCGAUAUACAGUACCAGGGUAUUCCCGGAUAUAGGUACUCUAUCGGCGAGAACUUUAUCAACGAUAUUGGUCCGGAACAUGAUAACGAGUGCUUCUGUGUUGACAAAUUGGCGAAUGUGAUCAAGAGGAAAAACGGUUGCCUGUAUGCAGGGGCCUUGGAUUUGACCACCUGUUUGGAUGCCCCUGUGAUUUUGACAUUGCCGCACAUGCUGGGCGCCUCGAAUGAGUACCGCAAAAUGAUAAGAGGCUUAAAACCAGAUGCCAAAAAGCAUCAGACUUUUGUGGAUGUGCAGUCGCUGACGGGCACGCCUUUGCAAGGCGGCAAAAGGGUUCAGUUCAAUAUGUUCCUCAAGAGCAUAAAUCGCAUCGGCAUCACGGAAAAUUUGCCAACAGUUUUGAUGCCCGCCAUUUGGGUGGAAGAGGGCAUUCAACUCAAUGGUGAAAUGGUGGCCUUUUUCAAAAAGAAACUGAUCAACACACUGAAAACCCUCAACAUCGUCCACUGGGCGACCUUGUGUGGGGGCAUUGGGGUGGCGGUUGCGUGCCUGAUAUACUAUAUCUAUCAAAGGGGGCGUGUCGUGGAGCCGCCCGUGAAGUAAGAUAUUAAUCAUAAAUCGGUAUUUGUUAUUGAGAGUAAUGUAAAAAUGUAUUUGUUAUACUACUAUUAUGUGUGUGGAUGUAACACAAGAAGUUUUUGUCUACGAAUUUGUAUAUAAUUUAUUUUUUAAAUGUGAUUCUAUUGUAUUGUGAUUUAGCGUUUACUAAAAAAAAAAAACAAGAAAAACUACUACGAAUGAA